UGUUUUACGGUUAUGUUAAGCCGCAUAAUCCUGUAAAGAAAUGUUGGCCGCGCGCAGAUUACUACGAGAACCGCGGAUUUCCGGCUCCUUGAGUUGGUCCCGCUGGAGCAGCGAUGCCGCCAAGGCGACCACAGAAGCCUCCGACUUGAAGGAAAGCCUGGAAAAGCGCCAGCAGCUGCUCAGCGAGCUGGCGGAGCCACUGGACCAGAGAAGCCGGCCGGCCAUCGAUCCCAAGGAAACGAGUGUGAUGCUGUUUCCCGGCCAGGGCACCCAGUACGUGGGCAUGGGCAAGGAGCUGCUGCGAUUCCCCGGCGCCCGACGCAUCUUCGAGCUGGCCAACGAGGUGCUCAAGUACGAUCUCCUCAAGAUCUGCCUGGAGGGACCGCGUGAGAAGCUCAAUCGCACGGAGCACGCCCAGCUGGCCGUGAUGGUGUCCUCGCUGGCGGCCCUGGAGCAGUUGCGCGAGGAGCGUCCGAAGGCCAUUGAGACAUGUGUGGCCGCCGCCGGCUUCAGUCUGGGCGAAAUUACCGCUCUGGUUUAUGCGGAUGCGCUGCCAUUUGACAAAGCCUUGCGUUUGGUUCAAGUGCGGGCCACCGCCAUGCAGGCGGCCUGCGAUCAGGCAGCCGGAGCCAUGGCCAUGACCAUCUACGGACCGGACACCAAUCUCGGCGAGGCCUGUGCCCGGGCGCAGCAGUGGUGCUUGGACAGGGGCGUGGAAUCGCCCUACUGCGGCAUCGCCAACUACAUGUAUCCGCACUGCAAGGUGGUGGCCGGCAAUGUGGAGGCCCUCGAGUUCCUGGAGCAAAACGCCAAGGCCCUUAAAAUACGGCGCAUGAAGAGAUUAGCAGUGAGCGGCGCUUUUCACACUCCUCUAAUGCAAAGCGCCGUGGAGCCUUUUAGCAAGGCCCUAAAGUCCGUGCGCCUUCAGGAUCCCGUCAUCAGGGUGUACUCCAAUGUGGAUGGCAAACCGUAUCGCCAUGCCAAGCACAUUCUCACCCAGCUGCCCAAGCAAAUCGUGCGACCGGUCAAAUGGGAACAGACCCUCCACGAGAUGUACGAACGCAAGCAGGGCGUCGACUUUCCACGCACCUUUGAAUGCGGUCCCGGCAAAGGACUCGUCCAGGUCCUGGAGAAGGUCAACGCGAAAGCCGCUCAGUCCAGCAUAAAUGUCAUAGCUUAACUUUGUAUAAAUCUUUCGGUUGCUUUUAUAAAAAUGUAUAUUUUCUCGGCUAAAAGGAAACAAAA